AUAUCCAUGCCGAUGCAAACGUAAACAAGUGCUCGUGCAAGUGAGACAACAAUAUAUGCAACCGCUUGUUACACACAAUUACAUACUCCCACACAUACCCAUUUGAAUAUUCAAGUUCUUAAAAGCGAUUAUACCUUAAUUUCCAAUUUACUUGCAGAUAUAGCAUAAAUAAUGCGACAUUGUUUACCAAUGAUAAUUUACCGCCGUUACGUCGCUACUUCACUUUCUUUGUAUGAAUAUAUAUGCAACACUGGCACCUUCACUUUGGUUUGUAUUACGCUUUUUUCAUCCACUCCACCUUCUUUGGUCAAUUGCAGCAGGUUGAUGAAAUCUCACAGUUGGAAGCAUCCUGCGAAAAAUUGAGAAACUCAAAAAAAGAUUCGCAGGCUUUAAAGGAAAAAUAUUUAAGAGACAUAUUUGCAAUUACACAUGGCAAAAAAGAGGACGAAAUUUUGCCCCAGCAAUUAUCGAAGCGAAUGCAAAGCGAACUUGGUCUAUUUCAGUUGGGUGGACGAAGAGUUAAUGAAUUGUUAGAGCGUUUUCAUAAAGAUUAUAAAGAUUGGCGGUUCACACUGGAGCAGCAAAUGCAAAAAUCGCUUGGAGCAGAUGAAUUAUUUUUUUUGCCACAGCAACAGUUGAUGGAUAAAAUGAACACACUUGGCAUACUUACUAGAGAUGUCAAAAAUGAACUAAAUGUUGUUGAGAAAACAACAGAGGACCAAAAUAAAGUAUUAGAAGACAAACUUAGAGCAAUGCAAGAGGAAGUAAACAAACUUGAAGCGAUAAAAGCAGAAAUGAGCGCUGCACAGCAACGACUCAUUGACGCAUUAAAGGAAAAGCAAUUUAAAUAUCAGCAAGAUAACAAUAAGUUGUUGAGGGAAAUUGCUGGCUUACAAGAAAAGCUCAAUCUCUACGAAUAAAACUCGUAACUUUUAUAU